CAGCAGGAUGGAGCCAAGAAAGAGGCGCCCUCCCCCUUCCCAGCACCAGCACUAGUACCAGCACGCUUUGAGAUCGAAAGUUCCCGAGGCAGCGUUAAUCAGCCCGGAACGGAAGUGCUUGAGCUUUUAGGACCUGGAGGGGAAAGUUUGAGAAAGGACCAAGAUGGAGGCGCCCAAUCCUGCCUCGGCGGUUGCUGCCGGAGGCGAAAAGAUUCGGGGUUCUGCGGUCCGCUCUACAGAGGUGACCCCCCAGAAAAUCCGGCAGCUGAUAGAUGAAGGAAUCGCCCCUGAGGAUGGAGGAUCCGACGCGAAGGAUUCAUCUGCCUUGUCCCAGUCAAUUAAUGGAUCACCUCAAGCAGAACAACCUCCUUUUGAAUCUACGAGCAAAGAAGCCUUCUUUAACAGAGUAGAAACAUUUACUUCCUUGAAAUGGGCCGGCAAACCCCAUGAGCUGUCUCCACUGGUCUGCGCAAAGUAUGGUUGGGUCACAGUUGAGUGUGAUAUGCUCCGGUGUUCCAGCUGUCAGGCUUUCCUAUGUGCCAGCCUGCAGCCAGCGUUUGAUUUUGACAGAUAUAAUGAAAGAUGUGCUGAGCUGAAGAAAGCUUUGUGUACUGCUCAUGAGAAGUUCUGUUUCUGGCCGGACAGCCCCUGCCCAGAUCGCUUUGGAAUUUUACUAUUGGAUGAGCCUGUUGCUCUUCUUAAUGAGUUCUUAGAUCGUUUUCAAAGCCUCUGUCACCUGGACCUUCAGCUGCCUUCCCUGAAACCUGAUGACUUGAAAAAUAUGUGCCUGACUGAGGACAAGAUCAGCCUCCUUCUACAUCUGAUUGAAGAUGAACUUGAGCACAGAAGUGAUGGGGAGAAAGCCCCAGCCAAACUGGGCUCUGACAUCCAAGUCCAUGUCACUGCCUGUAUUCUGGCUCUUUGUGGCUGGUCGUGUAGUUCUUCUUUGGAGCCUGUGCAACUUUCUCUCAUUACAUGUUCACACUGUAUGAGAAAAGUGGGGCUGUGGGGCUUCCAGCAGAUUGAGUCUGCCUUGGCUGACUUGGAUUCCUCCUUCGGCCUGACGAGCUCCCCUCUUGCUAUCCCCGAUGGGCGACCAGAGCGCUUUCCCUUGGCUUUGGUGUCUCCACGGAGAAUGAUGACACGCAGUCAGGAUGCCACAUUUUCCCCAGGCUCUGAACAGCCUGAAAAGAGUCCAAGUCUCAUCAUCUCUCGAACACGGAGCUGGGAUUGCUCUAGUCCUAUUGAUCGCCUUGAGCCAGAGGCUGCCAGCCCCACCACCAGAAGUCGCCCAGUGACCCGAAGUAUGGGGCAGGGAGAUAGCACUGGGUUGGAGGUGCCAUCUAGCCCUCACCGAAGAGCCAAGCGGGCACGCCUUUGUUCUUCGAGCAGUUCAGACACGUCAACCAGAAGCAUUUUUGACCCUGUUUCCCAGCACCGAGACUGGUGCCCUUGGGUCAAUAGCACCCAGAUGGGAGUAGCCAGAGAAGGUAAUGAGCAUGAGGUGGAGUUCUGCACGCCAACAGACCCAGGCUGGAAGGCCGUGCUGCACGUCCUCUUGACCCACAGACAGUCUAACUCGCCGGCUGAGACAGACUCCACGGUGAGAAGUGUGAGUCUUUCUGAGAAAUCAAGGAAAGUGUUCCGAAUAUUCCGGCAAUGGGAGUCUAUGUGUUCAUCUUGAAAGCAUUCCGUCCCCUUCAUGGAAAGAAGCAGAAAGAGAAAUUUGCCCCUUGGACAAGAAAACCUGAACCCUUUUAUACAAGCUGGUUUAUUCAUAAAAGAAAUCUAACUGUUGUAAGAAGGAAUAAAAGUCACCCUUAUCCAUCUGCUUAAGCAGACCUCUGUCCACAUGUUUGGAGAAGAAUGGGAUGUGACAAUCUUAAGGGGCUCCAGUUUGGUUUAAAAAAAAAAAAAGUAUUAUCAUUGUAAGACUGUUCAGAACAUCAAGAAUGUGAUUACUUCAUUUAGUACUGAGUGUGGAGAAGGGAGCCUGUGUUUGAAUGGCUCUUAAAUUCCAAAGGUUGUGAAGAAGUGUUGGAGUUAAUAAAAAAUUUCAUUGUGGUUUUUCUUA